UCUCGUACUAGCAAGACGUCUGUUCCACGGUCGGGAAAUCAGUAUUCGCCUGUAACUCGUGCCGAGUGGUCGUGCCGCGCUCCUCCGCGUUCCCCUGCCUUUCCCUUCCUAUAAAAAAAUAUCUUUUCCAAUUCGAAAAAAAAACUUUAAAAAUAACCGGGUUAAUUUCGCGUAAAAUAAAAUGCAGUGUGCUGUCCUGUGGCGGUGGUAGCAGAAUCGCAAUCUCGAAAUGGUGCUUCAGAACAAGGUGAGCCGCGCGCUCACUAGUCGCUUGAUAGCACCAAAGAAGAGAAUCGCAGCAUGCCUUGCCGUACUACUAGUCGGGGUCUUUACAUACAUCGUGCUUUCCUCCGCUUCCUCUCGCCUGGAACGAGAAGAGCGGAUGGAACAGUUACUAGCGAGUAUGAAAGAUCACCUCGACUAUCUCGACUCCCAGUACAGGGGGAAACAAGAAGCGGUAUUGACAUUACAGGCGAAGAUGUUUUCCGGCCGUGGUAACAGCUCUCAGAAUCCUCACGAAAUCUCUUUGGCGUCACUGUCGCCAUCUGUCCAAAUACUACUAAAGAACAUGACAGGUACUAAAGCAGCGUCAGGUAUCUACACGAAGCACAUCCAACAACUAAGGAUUCCGUUCGUGUACCAACUGCUGCCGCACCUCAUGGAUGACCCUCAGAGUCUGAAGCCUGCUUACCACAUGAGUGGAGGCAGGUCUUUCUGCGACAUCGUCGUUGGGGUGCCAACUGUCAAGCGUGAUAAGGAAAGCUACUUGAUGGUGACUUUAACGCACCUCGUCGCUGAACUGAGUCCGGCUGAUGUGAACAACACCCUCAUCGUGGUCAUGGUUGGGGAGACGGAGCUGGACUACGUGCUCCAAAUCGCAAGGCAGAUCGAGACUAUGUUCCCGAAACAGGUGGACAGUGGCUUGAUCGAGGUCAUAUCACCAAGAGAUUCCUACUACCCCGACUUCGACAAACUACCAGUGACAUUAGGAGAUUCUCACAAACGAGUCAAGUGGCGCUCAAAACAGAAUUUGGAUAACAUCUUUCUAAUGGCAUACGCCCAAUCAAAAGGCACUUUUUACCUGAUGCUUGAAGAUGACAUCAUAGCCAAGAAGAACUACAUCCAGAGUAUAAAGAAAUACACAGCCGCAACUACUGUCUCCAAUCCGAACUGGAUUUUCAUCGAAUUCUGUCACGUCGGGGGCAUUGGGAAACUGUUUCGGUCGUCGGAGCUAAUAAAAUUCAUCAGUUAUGCCCAGAUUUUCUACAACAACCUCCCAAUUGAUUGGCUACUCGAAAGCUAUUUAGCGGACCGAGUGUGCACCCUGGAGAAGACUGGCAAAAGCUGUGGAGCUGCCAAAGAAAAAGUCAGGCCUAAAUUCAAGCCCUCACUCUUCCAACACAUUGGUCUCUAUUCCUCGCUGAAGGGGAAGAUUCACAAAAGCGGGGAUGCGAAAUUCAGAGCGGCACCGAAAUUCUUCCCUCAUACCGAUAAUCCUCCACUGAAGACAAUUAAAACAGACAUCAUUGAGCAUACUAUGCACACCCUACAGAAGGCCUACGAUGGUCAAACAUUCUUUUGGGGCCAGAGACCAAACAAAGGGAACUUUGUGGAAUUCUGGUUCGAGAAGCCUAUUGUCAUGACACACUACAUCUUCCGCAGUGGUAAUCCCGACCACACGAAAGAUUUAUUCUAUAAUACGACGUUGGAAGUACGGGCCGCUCAUAAUCGUAGUAAUUUUACUGUGAUCAGUACCUUUGAUGAGUUCGGUUUAGCCGAAGGUGACCUCUCUAUGGGUCCCAUCACUGCCAUUCGCCUGCGGGUGCAACGCAACAGUAGAUUUUGGGUCAUCCUAAGUGAGAUCCAAAUACAAGUGGGCCCAGCGCCAGAAUCCAGGUGACAGAUACCGAACUCAUCCUGGGACCGCAUCCUGCGCAACCUGAUAAGAGCACCGAUGCUGUGAGGCGGUACAAGGUAGGAGCGGCCUAGUUCUAAGUGUCAUAUUGUAACCAUUUACGUGUAUCGAAUAUUGUAAGCUCCUAUAACUAAAUUAUAGGACUAUCUGACUUAUAGGAGGUUAGGGAAUACUUUGGACAUGGUACUACUCCUACGCUUCAACUUUGGACGUGGACUUUACUCUGAAUUUACCGAAACACCGUUAUUUUCACACUCAACGUAAUGCAGGAUUAUAAAACUCGUAUCGUAUCAAUUGGACUUUUAAUAAUAAUUUUAGUUAGUAUCUACAUUAUUCGAGAAAAAUCGAUCGUCUUCCAUGGUCGUGAGUGUAACUUGAAACGUUACGCUUUCGUUAGUAGAAUAGUAACCAUUUACUAAAUUAAUAAUAUCCUUGUAAAAUACUCUCUUCAAUCCUCUUUACCUUUCUCGGUUAAACUCAAACAUAAUAUUAUAUUGGCAACCAUUUUUCUGUACAUUCCUAUUAUGAGGGAUUUUUUGUCCCUUUCCUGAAUACCCCGUUUCAUCAUUUAUCAUCAUACAAACGUAACAACAACAAACGCGUCGGUGGCAAUUUUUAAGAGUAAAUCGAAGUCUCCCUGUACUAAAAUUUGCAAUGCCAAUUAUAUUUAGAACCGUAUUUAAUCAUAGAUUAGGAUUAAUUUUUGAACUUCACUAACUAUCACUCCUUCAACUGUGUACAAUAAACUUCCGAAUACAAUUUUUCACUUUUAAUACAGUACAGUACUUAAUAACUAAAGUAAUAGAACUAACAUCAAAGCACCUCUACUAUAGGCAGAUCGUGGCUGAAUGAAUCGUCACAUGGGUCAUCAAUAUGGAGAUCGAGAGAAAUAAUUAAAGCUAGUACUAAGUUAUAAUAAUUAUUAUUAAAUGUACAAAAGCAAAGACACAAAAGUGAGCGCCUUAGAGUAGAGGAUUUGAUGUCGCGCCCCCGAGCGCUCAGUGUACAGUGUGUUGGUUUUAACCGAGUUGGUAACAAGUUCCUAGCCUGAUGAAUGUUGUUACGCGACAAAAAAUAAUUCCGCAAUGAAAGAGUAUCCACUAUCUUUUGUUUAAUUUCAUUCUCUUAUUAAGAAAUCUUUGCUUCGUUACGACUCAGCUAUUUACCUGACGACUAAAUGCGAUUCUGAAGUCACCAUUAUAACAGAUUCUCAUUACACCAAAUUUGGAUUAUAAUAAGAAAUGAAGACUAAUCAUAUCCUUUCAGUCCUACAGUCAGUUAAAUAUUACUAAUAUUGUCAAUCUUGCAAUGGUGCACUUAAUCAAAUAUUUUAUAACCUUUCACUUUUCAAUCAAGCCAUACCUCGAAUAGGUGUCAGUCUGCUAGCUCCAUACAGCACCUUCUUCAAAUUAUUAAAUAAAUACUUUCAUCCUAUCAUUCCAAUUAGUCAAUACUGCAAAUAAACUAAAAUCUUUUUGAGUUUUAUACAAAACUAUUCUAUACAGUACAGCAUUACGGUUCGUGUUUCCUAUACUUCUAACACGUUUAGUUACUGCGUUAGAUUUCAUCAACAAUGACCAACCAAUGGGUGUCACAUUUAUCAAAGUAGUAGCCAGAGGAACUAUUUAAAAAUUUAACGCCUUGUCUAUUUAAAUAUUAUUCCAUUCGAAGCUACACUUUGGAACGAGCAACUAUUAUAGCUUCACUGACAGACAGAGUGACCGACAAUUCAAUUUGAUGAUCCAAAAUUAUGUAAUUAAGCAUUAAUUGAAAUGCUUUGAUUUUGAUUUUGACUUUGAAAGUAUAAUUUUAUUAAUAAUAUAAUUAAGAGUGUUCUCAGACUGUGAACAUAUUAGGUGAUCAUGCUUAACGACAUGUUCUACUCGUAUAAUAAUAUAUACAGGCAAAAUAAUAUCCCGGGCAUUCUCUUGAAAUUAAAAUUAAUUAAUAGUAUUUAUCGGAACCAGAAGCGGGUAUAAUUAAAAAAAAAACAACUCACUUUCACAACCUAAAUUUGUUUACUACAAUAAUGAUUUACACAUUAACAAUGGCAUCAAACAGCCACUAACAUACAUGUACACACAUCGGAAAACCCACUACCCUAAAUAUGUGACCUAUUACAAAUCGCGUCGAUACCAAUCCAACAACCUUACCACUCGGAGGCGCUCGGGCAAAAAGGACUUGCUGCACAGCGGGCUAUUUAUAGGCGUUGACACACGAUUUACAAUAAGUCACUACGAAUUAUGCUAACAGUAUAUUUAAAAAAUGUUUUGUUAUUUUUGAAUAACUAUCGUGACUCAUACAAAAUUAACUAACCAUCACGGUUUACUCACGUAUAUUAAUAGAGAAAAGCUAAUACCAAUUUCGAGUCGCAGAGAAACUCUUCAUCAUAAGAAAGUUUGUUGUUGAAAUUUAACGUACAGCACGUGGGGUGGGUGGGAGGUAGGGUACCGGAAAUCCGAACCGUAAUACCCUGUACAUAAAGUGUAAAGUAACAUAUUUUCAGAAUCAGAAAGCAUUUAGUUCGUUUAGGUUGAAAAAAAUUCUCAUAUCUUCCUCUUUUAGACAUCAGGUGAAGAGGAUUUAUAUUAUAAAAAAAGUUGUUAAGUUUCCAAACAAUACCGUUAUAUAUGUUUAUUGUGACGUUUUCCAAUUUGUUGCCCCACUGCUGUAAUCGUCACUUAUUACGUGAAUACGGACAAUACAAUAACGUGACGUCAUCGUCAGUCGAAUCUUGUUUUCCAUUCAAUUGAAUGUUUAGAAGAGUUGGUAGUUACUUGUAGAGCUUCUAUUUCGUAUAGUUAUUUAUAUUUCGUAUAGUUAGUUGUAUUUCGUAUAGUUAUUUAUAAUAUGUGUUAGUUUAUAUUGGCAAUACAACGAAAAUUAGUAAAUGAGUACGUCAUCUAUUAUAAUUAUGUAGGUACUAUAUUAUAUGAGUUUAUGUAUGUUAUGUUUGAUGUGUGAAAGAGGAUUUGAAUGAAUGUGAUGUCAAUAGAACCUAACUAUAUAGCUAUUUUAGCCCCAUAGUUCCAUAUCAUACACAGUUAAAAUUACCUACUAUAAAAUUACAUUAAAAUAUAGACUUAAUUUGUUUUAUAGAUAAGUACUCGUAUGAAAACGCCAUGAAGAUUAAUAUUGAUAUAAUAUUAUAGUUUUCAAUUUUACUUUCAUUUAUAAAUCAUAUGCAUAAUAAUUUAAUAAAAUAAAUAAUUAAUUAAGUACUUAUAAUACUAAAAACAAAAAAAAAAAAUACAAAAAGAAAAUAAAAAUAAUACAAAAAAAAAUAUUUUGGAAAUGUAAAUAAAUCGCCAAAUUGAAAGUGAUAUUAGGAUAACAUAUGCUUUGGAGUUUCAUAACUCAAGCCGUAUUAAAUAAUAAUUAUAAUAAUGUACAUAUAUAAUAAUACGUUAUAAUCUCAUAUCUUUUUAAUCUUACAUUAAUGAUAUAUAAGUAUACUACCAUCUAAGUAUUUGGUUAAAAAUUUAAAAAAGUAUAUUUUUAUAAAAAAAAAAAACAAAAAGCGAUACAAAAAAAUCUAUUGUACCAUUUAUACUUUUUAUACUCGUAUGUAACAUAUUUCUAAGAAACAAACUAUGUUAUAAAGUAUGGAGAUCACACAUAUGACUUAAAUGAAACUACAUUUUUUAGUUAUGUAUGUAAGUUGCUUUAAUUGGUUAUCUACCGUUGUAACUUUUGAAUUAAAUAAAUAAAUAAAUACAAGUAGUACUCGACCACAGAAGCAUAAUACAACUAAAUAUUUCGGAAUAGCUCCUCGUACUUAGACUACAGAGGAGCUGUAAUAUAGACGUGACAACCAUUCCUAGACAGGAAUGUUACGGUCAUGUGCCGCGGAUGUUGCAAUGCCGAAUUUGUAAAGAGUGUUCAAAUUAGCUUAAAGAGAAAAAUACACAUUUUGGCUUACCUACUGAACUCUAUUUUCCUCAUUUUUCGUAUAUUCGCAGUCAAGAUGGUAAUAAAUAUGUUGUUUUAAAUUGAGUCGAUAGAGGUUUCUCCAUUCGGUAUAACAUAGAUACCUAUUUUAUUUUAAUCUUACCGAUAUAUAAUCUAACAAUGCUGAAUAAUGUAUAAAUAGGGUUUCCACCUUUAUAGCACUUCCAAAAUCAUUGUCCUUUGAAAAAUAUGUCCAUUUUUAAUACCAAAAACGACUAUUUAAAAAAUGUUACUUGCUGUUUCAAUUCUAGAUAAUAUCUGUAGUAUUUAAAAAAUAUACCGAAUACCUAAGCAUCGUGGUACUAAUAAAUACUAUUUAGGAAUUUUGAAAACCAAUAUAUCUCUGACCUUGUAUUUUUGCUUGACCUCGACAUUUAACAAUAGAUCCCUAGCUCGGCAGUAGCAUUUAUCAUUAUAAUAUUAAUACGUGAUGCAAAACCUUUCGACCCCUUUUUACGAAAAUUGCGCGGACGUAGGAGCAUAAAAUUUGGUACACUUAUAGUAUAUGUGUAGGAGAAGUCCAGAACGCUAAUAUUUUUCAAAAAUAAUGCCUAUUAUGUACAUUAAAUCAAUAAAUAAAACAUUACACACACUACCUGCAUAGUAUCGUAUUUGACAAAACGUCAAAAUUGACAGACAUUGCGAUGAUAUUCUCACUUCUCAUAUGAAAAGAGGUUUCUCAUUGAAGGAGGUUUGGUUAUUCAUGAUGCGCCGGAAUAUAUUAAUUUGAAAAUUAUCCUUGAACGUAUGUUAAGUGGUAUUGUAAAUUAAAUCGUAUAUGGUCGAAUUUCGACCACUAGGCGACCACUAGUCAUUAUAAUUUCUUUAUCUUUAAUACAUUUGACUGCACGGUUGGUGCGGUGACUGGGCAACUGGCUGCCGUGCAACGUGUAACGGAUUCGAAUAAUCGUGUACACAGACAUUCUUGUCAUAUAACUGUUCUUCAUAAUAAGACAAAUUUCUUAAAAACAAUAUGCCAAUGUAAUGUUAAAUAGUAACAACGGCUUCUAGUUCAUGUAACUAUCUUUGAAUACUGAAAUAAUACAAUAUUUUACUGCCGUUAUAUUUUUGAAAGUGAUAUAAAGAUGGAAAUAUUACAGCAUUGUUUUUUUAACACGAUUGGACAAAGUGACCCCCUUAAUUAAGCAUUUACGUAGCUGUAAACAGUAAGAAAUAAUUAUAAUUUUAAAAAUUAACAUGUUUUCAUAAUGCCCUGAAAAAAAUACUCACGAAAAAAUUACAUUUCAUACAUACAUACAUACAUAUAAACAAUAAAUACAUACAUACAUACAUAAUAUCGUAUUUCACACAUUGAAAUGACCAAAAGAAUUUGUAUUCCCGAAUGUAAAUUAAAUAACAAAAAUAUUACAUGUAUACAUCAUGUACAGUUAGACCCUGUACACAUAGAAUUUUUAACAUCCAAUAUUUUAACUGUACAGUCGGAAUUUUAAUAUAAACAUGAAUAUUUUUCAAAUUAAACUGCAUCUAUCUCUAAUUCUCUAUAUUCUAUGUAGUGCAAUGUACAUUGGACAAUAAGUUCUUUUACGGGUAUAUUUCAAAUCAUCAACUCAAUAUAUAGCAUAUUAUAUUCUUAUCUUCAUAACUUUCAUUAGAUCUCUAAUAAAACAUAAUAAUAUGUCGAAUAUGCUCUCAUAAAAACUAAUAAAAAUAUUCGUUAUAUAUUUAAGCAUGUAAAUAUAAUUGAAGAGUAACUUAUAGGGGUAAAUUAAUUAUAACUAAUAUUAUAGUAUAAUAAUGUACAUUUUUCUCAUUAUAUGACAUUGAAUAGGUAAAUAAGCUUUAAUUAAAUAACUAUAUUUGGCAAAUUGUAAUUAGAAGACCAUGAUAGUGGCAGACGAAUAUAAACUCUCGCGUUUAUUCCAUAGCGCCACAUAAUAUAUUACCUAUCAAUUUUUUUAACAUCACAUUCACAGAAUGCCUGGUCGAUCAAAUAUGGCCACUCGCCAUCACAUAAGAUACGUACUAAUUUCAGUUUCUCUACGUUCCGGGACAUUUCACUUAUCCGGUACUAAGACUGGGAUAAAGCAAGUUUCAUAAAGUUAAAACAACGUAUCAUAUAGUUAGAAAUAUCCGUAUCAACCGCUAGACGUUCACUGCCGAAUAAACCUCUCUUUUAGGUAGAGACUACAGCAGAUAAAUAACAAGCAAUGUAUAGUAAUAAAAAUAAAUAAUAAUAUAUAAAUAUUUAAACGCGACUCUUCUAUACAAAAAAGAACUGAAUUCUACCUUUAUGAUAAAACAUAAUCCUCUUUAACUGUUUACUCUAAAAUACAAACAGCACUCUUACAAAUAGAUAAGUCCUAGAAAUACCAUUAAGUCAAUAAAAAUCAAUAAAAAAUGCUAUUGUAUGGAAGAAGAAGAAACAGCAUUUAUUCAACAGAAGAAACGUACAUUAUAUAUACGAAGAUUAUAUAAAUUCCUUUAUAAAUGUUUUUAUAAUAUACUUACUUCAAGAACUACUUAACUAAGAUAUAAUAAUUUUAUUUAAUGUUUUAGGCAAAGUAACAAUUUUUCCUCAGACACGUUUAUACUACCAUUAGAACUUGAGACGGGAUAUUUACCAUGUGUAAUCAUUUCGAUGAGUUUCCGAUAUUUCAGAGGUGUCAGAGGUGCAAAAAACAAACGAGAUAGAGGUUAGACUGAUUUGUCUGCUCGUAAACAUCCACCCGCAUUUACUCCAGUUCAUCCGUGAUCAUGGCGCUUGCAACAGUGCCGAAAUAUGGGAAACUCAUCAAAAUAAUAAACAUGGUAAAUAUCCCGUCUCAAGUACUAAUAAAAGUGUUAGUAACCAUGUCAGUUUAAAAACUUACAACGUUUUUGCUACAGUUAAAUGUAUUAAUCAAUUUCCCUCUGUGUUAGAAUAUUUAUAUAAAUAUAUCGGUGACCACCGCGCGAUUCGCGAUGAAUAGCAUACUCUAUGAUCGCAAGGAAGUCUCAUCCACAGAUGUAACGUAAUACUAAUGAGCAAAUUAUGGCAGAUUCUUCCAUCUUCGUAAAAAGAACAUCUUAUUUUAUCAAUAAGUACGUUGUUAGCUUCAAUAAAAGAUAGUUUGAAUUGACUAACAAUCGAAAAACACAUUAAAUACCUAUACAAUUUUUUUUUUAAAUAAAACUUCACUAGCUUUUAAAAGCCACAAGUAACAUUAAUAAAUAAACUCUUUGCCUAAGAUAUUAUUAUGAUUGCAGUUAAUUUUUAUAACACUAUUUCAAACUAAACUAAAGAAUGGCCUUGUGUUGCUCUAGGUAGGACGCGAGCAUGUAAUAAACUUACAUUCCUAAAUUACUUGGAUAUUAAAGCUUAAGAUACUGAGUCCCAUUGGUUUAAUGAAAAUUUUUGCCCAAUAUAUUAUAGGUACUAACAGUUCACUUUGGAAAUUUUGAAAAAGAUGUUGUCUUGGAUCAGACAACAAUCAUUUAUCAAUAACUGGCGGUAACCAGGUAUCAAGAAACGUGUGAUGAAUAGUGUCAAAGUUUUGUUUGAGAAGACGGUGUUGUCGAUAAUGGUAGUGACAAAAUAUAGUCUCUACAAGUUCUUGUCUACUUACGAUCAAGUUUUAUGCUUGAGUAUUACUUGGAUAUUAGGGCUUAAGAUACUGAGUCCCAUUGGUUUAAUGAAAACUUUUUGCCCAAGAUAUUAUAGGUACUAACAGUUCACUUUGGAAAUUUUGAAAAAGAUGUUGUCUUGGAUCAGAUAACAAGCAUUUAUCAAUAACUGGCGGUAACCAGCUAUCAAGAAACGUGUGAUCAAUAGUGUCAUUGUUAAUUGGAGGAUGAAAGAAUAGAGUAUCUUUUAAAUAGUCUCUACAAGUUCUUGUCUACUGACGAUCAAAUUUUGUGCUUGAGUAUUACUUGGAUAUUAGGGCUUAAGAUACUGAGUCCCAUUGGUUUAAUGAAAACUUUUUGCCCAAGAUAUUAUAGGUACUAACAGUUCACUUUGGAAACUUUGAAAAAGAUGUUGUCUUGGAUCAGACAACAAUCAUUUAUCAAUAACUGGCGGUAACCAGGUAUCAAGAAACGUGUGAUGAAUAGUGUCAAAGUUUUGUUUGAGACGACGGUGUUGUCGAUAAUGGUAGUGACAAAUAGUCUCUACAAGUUCUUGUCUACUGACGAUCAAGUUUUUUGCUUAAGUAUUACUUGGAUAUUAGGGCUUAAGAUACUGAGUCCCAUUGGUUUAAUGAAAACUUUUUGCCCAAGAUAUUAUAGGUACUAACAGUUCACUUUGGAAACUUUGAAAAAGAUGUUGUCUUGGAUCAGACAACAAUCAUUUAUCAAUAACUGGCGGUAACCAGGUAUCAAGAAACGUGUGAUGAAUAGUGUCAAAGUUUUGUUUGAGAAGACGGUGUUGUCGAUAAUGGUAGUGACAAAUAGUCUCUACAAGUUCUUGUCUACUGACGAUCAAGUUUUAUGCUUGAGUAUUACUUGGAUAUUAGGGCUUAAGAUACUGAGUCCCAUUAGUUUAAUAAAAACUUUUUGCCCAAGAUAUUAUAGGUACUAACAGUUUACUCUGGAAACUGUUGGAUUCAGGUAAUAUCCACAAUUAUCAAUACCGGCCUGUGAACAGCAAUCAAGAAAUUAUACAUAAGCAUAAUUAGACUUCCAAUGUUCUUCAAAUAUUGGGGUAUUGCUUCAAAUAAAAAAAAAUGGGAAUAGUUCACUUUUUAAUUAAAGUUCGUUCUCUCGAAGCAAUUUCAGUUGGACCCGGGUAUGUCCUUAAACUGCGACCAAACACCGAGGGGUAGGCAGAAGCAUUAUCACAGAUGAGAUUAAGAGUGUCUUGAGUCUAACAUGUCGAACGUUCUUUGGUAAAAUUGUCAUGUCUGUGUUCAUAAACCUGGUUUCCCCCGAACCUAAUGUGAAUGGGACGGUCUUAAUUAACUUUAAGCACCGAGUCUUUUCUUUCUUUCCCUUCUCAGUACACAAGCCGCUGGCUGGUACUGAAUUAAGUAAAUGUUAUUCAUUCAAUAAUUAUUUGUCAUUGCUGGACGAGUAUUACUCCUGAUUGGACCCGGGUAUGUCCUAAAACUGCGACCAGACACCGAGGGAUAGGCAGCAAUAUUUUUAAGUAUACACAUACUUAAAAAUAUUGCUUAAAUAUAUAUCGGUGUAAGGAUGCUUUUCCACCAGAGAUGUGCUAUGUAGCUAUGCUUCUAAGAUGUAAUAAUUAAGUUGCGAAACAUUGUGAUCGUUUCAACUGAUACUAAGCUUUAUAGCUGUGCGAGGAAGAUGCGCAAUUCACAUCCAUAGCAUACAUCCAUAGCAUGCAUCUUUCAGCAUAGAAAACAUAGUUUAGCCAUUUAACUAUGUGUACCAAUGAAUAUGAUUGGUUGUAGCCGAACGCAUCCACAACAACGUAGCAUAGCACAUCUCUGCACCCUAAUAACUGCGAUUCCCAAGCCUUCCCUAUCUAUACAUAUAAUAAAAUCGUAGAAAAGUGCUGUCUGUACAUUGAAAAUAAAAAUAAAAAAAAUAGCAGGGGUUAUUGUUAUGUCGAUGUCGAACCCAAAAAUGUAAUUAACUUUUUUUUUGUCUGUUUGUCUGUUUGUCUGUUUGUCUGUUUGUCUGUUUGUCUGUUUGUCUGUUCGUCUGUG